AUGAGCACACAGGACGCAUGGCCUCCGGUCUACUACGACUUUCGGCGUUACGGCCUUUCGUUCCAUAAGAUGAAGACGCCGCGCAUAGAGCAUCUGGUGGAGCUGUGUGACCACUACCUGGAAUGUCUUAAGAGGUAUGAGGACACCUUUUCUCCCACCAGAACGCGUGCACAAGUGGCAGUUCGACAGACAAUCAACGUAAUACGUGGCAUAGCGCUGCGGCUGAUCUCUGUGUCUAAGACAGCCUCUCUACAGAACAGUGAGAAGUCCCAGGCCGACUAUGAGCUUGAAGUGCUUCAAGCGGCAGAUUUACCUACGGACCCUGAGCGUACGCCUGAGAGCAUGAAGCAACAACUCCUCGACCUGGAGACGGCAUACGUCCUUCGGCUUGACACUGUGGCCUCACUCAAAAGGCGCAUAGCCAUGCUUGAAGAGUCGCUGGAUCCAGCAAUAAGCAAGCACCUAUUUUAG